AAGUGCAACAAAGUUCUCAAGUAAUUCAGAAAAACAUAUAUUAACCAUUCACAGUCGCGGGCAAUCAAUAUUCUCGCAUUCUUGGAAUAUUUCACCGUACAAUCGAUAAGUAGGUGAGUAAAGUAACGAACUCGCGGAAUGCCAUGAAUAGUUCCAGAAUUUUAAUAAACUUUUCCAAGAAAGGCCUUGACCCUUUACUAGGAAAAUGUAAUUGAUAAAAAAAGCAAAAAAUAUAGUUCUAAUUAUUUUUAUACAAAUAAUGUCAUAUUUUUUGGGAAAAUCUGGCAAAACUUUACUUUAUUAUUUAUUAGUUAGUAAUAUAAGUAAGGUAUAUUGUUUUCACCCUUUUUGAAAAAAAAAAUGUGGAAACGUUGAAUUAUGUUCAUCUGUCCCAGGGACUUUUUAAACACAACUCCUCCGUCAUUUGUGCUGUUAGGAUAUGACAAAUGAGGUGUCGAAUGAAAAGCCUAUAACCCAAAGAUUAAAGGUGAGAAAUUUGACAUAGGACUUCCGGUUUUAGAGUUGCAACCUGAACUACGGUUUCAAAGUCGCCGAAACAGUACAAGCGAUAUAUUAUUCGACACGUCUUAGCAAGACGAGAACAAAUAUAUAGGUACUCCGGUUUCAUGCCUGUCUGUCUAUUCGCGAACAUAACUCCUCCGUUAUUAAAACAGAUAUAAUGACCGAUGAGGUGUCGAAUGAAAGUUUAUAACCCAAAGAUGGUAUUAGAGGUGAGAAAUUUGACCUCGGACUUUCGGUUUUAGAGCUGCAAGUGGAGCUACUGUCUUAAAGUUGCCGAAAUAGUACUAGUAUUUGAAGCGCCUUAGUAAGACGAAAACAAAUAUAUCGAUACCAAUAUUCUAAUAGGACGUAUGCCACAUUUUUUUGAUUUAGCGUUUUUAACAAAUAUUGUUCCAAUAGGUCUUAUUCCGUCUAAAUCUAACAUAUUUAAAAAAAAAUUUAACUGAAAAUAUUUUUUCGCGCCUAUUCUAAUAUGUCGUACAAAAACCGGCCUAUUUUUAUUUUUCGAAUCUGUCGUAUACCACAGUCGUCCGCCUGAUUUCAUAAGGUGUGUGUUGACCGUUAGAGCGUGUUGAAUUACAAUAAUCAAAAACUGUGUUUAAAGUGUCUGUUUUUUUAAGAUGUCGAAGAUUUCUAGUAGGGUAGAAAAAAUCAUCACAAUGGCGUUAAAUGAAACAGCACAAUAUAACGCACGCAAUGAAACAGGCAGAUGAACCCAAUUUGAUCACUCCUGAAAUAAAUGUUAAUGAUAUGAUGUACCAUGUGCCUUACGAAUUUGAAGUCAUGAACGACGAGGAAAACAACUUUAUUCAAGAUCCCUUUGGUACUCAGGGUAUUAAUGUUGACUUGCUGUCCUCUGAAGUAAGAUACGAAACUCUGUCAACAGUCAACUUAAACAUUUCCAGUGAAUUAUUAUCUGAAAGUAGUGUGGAUAAAACUUAUGAAUCCACACAACAACAUGAAAAUUUAGAUGAGCUUGAAGAUGAUUCUGAUCCUGAGUUUAUACCUGAAAAAGAAGCUCAUCAAGAGGACGACUCGGAAUACUCUGAUGAAGAACAAAAUGAAAACAAUCCAGGUUAGUACAAUCCAACGGUAAAAUAUCAUCAUGUCUCUUCUGUCCACUGAUGGGCAUUUUUCGCCACUCUUCACGGUUCUGUGCGUCUUGUUGCCAUUUCUUGGAUAUUCGUUUAAUGUCGUCCAUCCAGCGUGUUGGUGGUCAUCUUCACUGCGUUUGCCUUCUCUUGUUGUUUGUCAGUAAGUUAGUUUUCUGGUCCAUCUUUAAUUUUUCAGUCUCGCUGUGUGAUCUGCCCAAUUUCAUUUCAGCUUGGCUAUACGUUCGACGACAUCAGUGAUACCUGUUCUUUUCCUUAGGUCUUUGUUCCUUAUUUGUCCUUUUUAUCUCGCCGAGAAUCGAUCUUUCCAGUUCGACGACAUCAGUGAUACCUGUUCUUUUCCUUAGGUCUUUGUUCCUUAUUUGUCCUUUUUAUCUCGCCGAGAAUCGAUCUUUCCAUGCGCCUUUGUGCCACUCGCAUUUUUAGUGCUGUUGUUUUUGUAAGCAUGAGAGUUUCUGCUCCGCAUGUCAUAAUAGAAAGAACGCAUUGGUCAAAUGUCUUCCGUUCCAUAGCUAUCGGAAUGUUGGUCUUAAAGUAGAAUAAAAUAUACGGUAAAAUAACAAUAUACCCUUAAUAAAAUACUGAAAACCUAAAUUUGUUUCAAUAUACAUACAUUUUUUUACAGAUACGAGAACAGCUGAAAGUAGAAGGAAGAAAAAAGCCAAUAGUGAAUUAUGGGAUAAAAACGUUAACAAAAGAAAAAUAAUGAUGGGAGAAGAGUAUGUUGGAUACACAAGAUCUAAAGACGGGACGGUUAAACACGAUACUAAAAGAAACAAAAGAAUGCUCGGACCUAAAUGUGAUUCAGUUUUCUGUAAAAAAGCAGCAAAUCGUUUUUGCCUAAGACUGUCUGAAGAAAUACGACAAACUAUUUUUGAGAAAUUUUGGAGUAUGUCCUGGGAACAGAAAAGGUUAUAUGUUUUGCACAUGACCACCUACACUGAAAAAAAGAGAACCUAUACAAAAAAUCCAUCCAGGAGAAAGGGAACAUUUCAAUACUAUUUGCAAAUUGAAGACGGGAAACAUCAGGUGUGCAAGCAAACAUUUCUUGGUACGUUAGGUAUAAAAGAACGUAUGGUAAGGCACUGGGUCAAUGAAGGGUCUAUGUUUGGAACACAAAGUAGUCAAGACGACAAAAACAAAAAUAAGACUAAGAAGAAAGAUACGUCGGUACAUUCAGUAGAACAAAAUAGAAAGCUGGAACAGUUGCGCCUAUUUCUAGAUAGUUUGCCUAAAAUUGAAAGCCACUACUGCCGUAAAAAGUCGAACAAAUUAUAUCUAGAGGAAGAUUUCAAAUCAAAAACCGACAUAUUUCAACUAUAUAAAAAUAAAUGUUUAGACGAAGAUGUACUACCCUUGUCAAUCAGUACUUUCCUAAAAGAGUUUGACGAAGGUAAUCUUGCACUAUUCAAGCCUAGAAAGGAUCAGUGCGAUUUAUGCUGUGGAUAUAAAAUGCAACAAAUUGAAGAAAUUAUCUACCGAAAUCAUAUUUUAGCAAAAGACCUUGCUCGCAAAGAAAAAGAUUUGGACAAGAAGAAAGCUCAAGACCAGGCUAUUUUUACAAUGGACGUGCAGGCCGUCAAAUUGUGUCCUCAAUUACAAUCAAGCUCAUUGUAUUACAAAACAAAAUUGCAGGUACACAACUUUACCAUCUAUAACUUGUCAACUCAUGCAUGCAAAAAUUUUGUAUGGAAUGAAACAGAAGGAGAACUAUGUUGUUCAGUUUUUGUAACCUGCAUCAUUAAACAUCUGGUAUCAGCUUUGGAGAUGGACAAAAAACCUAUAGUUUUAUACUCGGACAGUUGUGGUUAUCAAAAUAAAAAUGUCAUUCUGUCAAAUGCAUUGUCCAUUCUUGCAACACAAUUUGAUAUUGAGAUUGAACAGAAGUUUCUUGAGAAGGGCCACACUCAAAUGGAGUGUGACUCUUCUCAUAGCCUUAUUGAGAGACGAUUGAAAGGAAAAGAUAUUUUUCUACCGACAGACUACAUAAAUAUUAUAAAAGACGCCAGGAAAAAGCCAAUGCCUCUGGAAGUAGAAUAUUUGGACCAUUCGUACUUUCUUAAUUUUGAUAACCCGAACUUGAUGAGAUAUAAUUCAAUUCGUCCAGGAAAAUUAAACAGUCCGUUAAAGGUGGCGGACUUAAAAUGCCUAAAAUAUUUACCUUCUGGAGAUAUUUUGUAUAAAACUAAAUACGACUCUCCUUAUGAAAUAUUACCACAACGACAAAAAACAAUUAUUCUGGAUGAAUACUUACCCAAGCCACUAUACAGCAAAAGGUUAGAAAUUUCAAAGAAAAAAUGGCUUGACCUACAACAGCUAAAAAAAGUUAUUCCAAAAGACACACAUUACUUUUAUGACCUAAUAAAAAAUUACGAAAAGACAGAAGAAUCAAACAAGAAAGCAAAAAAACCGAUAUACAGCUAUCGCUUAAUAAUAAAAAUACCAUCCUAACAACGUCUGAAACUAAAAAACAACAAAAUAUAAAACAUCAAAAAAAAAAAGCUAUAACAAAGAAUGAUACAAAUAAAACUGUGAAAAAGAAAACAAAAAUAAAUAAGAAGAACACGAAUUAGUGUCCUGUUUUGCAAAUAUUUACAUCAUUCAAAAUUAUUAUGAAUUUUUUUAUUCAAACAAAUAUAUUAUAAGUUUUGUAAUUUCCAAUUUUUGAUUUAAAAAAGUUAU